GACGUCACGUAGCCCCGCCCAAUGACUAGAGACUCACACCCAAUCUGCAGCGGUGGAGGAAGAAGGCUUGUUUUUGAAAAUAUUGGCGGUGGUGUCUUUUCAACGUUAGCUUCCCGUAAGACUUUGAUUACUUGUUCUUUGUUUUGGCAAUGCAAGCUUCGUGGUUUCUCUUGUCCUCUUGAAAGAAAGUGUGCCCGUGUUAAUAAAAGUCACCAGCGAAAAACGCAAUGGCAGGCGAUGUGUGCAGCCACGUGAAGGUGGUCGUUCGGGUGAGGCCAAACAACGACAGCGAGAGGUGUGAAAAAUUUCGGAAUGUUGUCCAAGUUGUCGAUGACCACAUGAUCAUAUUUGAUCCAAAAGAAGAGGACAUAUCAUGUUUUGGGUCACAAAGAGUUCGGAGCAGAAACCUCAACAAAAGGGCGAACAAAGACCUUAAGUUUGUUUUUGAUCGUGUCUUUGGCGAGACUUCUACUCAAGAUGAUAUAUUUGAGAAUACCACUAAAGGAGUGCUGGAUGGUGUCAUGAACGGAUUCAACUGUACAGUUUUUGCUUAUGGAGCCACUGGAUCAGGAAAAACACAUACCAUGCUAGGUACACAAACAGAACGAGGGGUUAUGUACCGUACGAUGAAAGAGCUUUUCAAGCGCAUGGAUGAUGUCAAAGAGGAGAAGGAGUUUGCUGUUGCAGUCUCAUAUCUUGAGGUUUAUAAUGAACAAAUCAGGGACCUGUUGGCUAAUGCAGGUCCUCUUGCAGUAAGAGAGGACUGUGUCAAAGGUGUGGUGAUUCAGGGCCUCACGCUGCACCAGCCAAAGUCUGCAGAGCACAUCCUCGAGGCGUUGGAUUCUGGCAAUCAAAACAGGACACAACACCCUACUGAUAUGAAUGCCACAUCUUCCCGGUCCCAUGCUGUGUUCCAGAUAUAUUUGCGACAGCAGGACAAAACGGCAAGUCUCAAUCGCAACGUGUGUGUGGCAAAAAUGAGCCUAAUUGAUCUGGCAGGCUCAGAAAGAGCUAGUGCCACCAACACCAAAGGGCAACGCUUUCGAGAGGGUGCAAACAUCAACCGUUCACUCCUCGCACUGGGGAACGUUAUCAACGCUCUUGCCGACCCUAAGCGCAAGAAGUCUCAUAUACCAUACAGGGACAGCAAACUUACUCGGAUACUUAAGGACUCUUUGGGAGGCAACUGCAGGACUGUCAUGAUUGCCAAUGUCAGCCCAUCAUCAAAGUCGUAUGACGACACUCAUAACACACUGAAAUAUGCUAACAGGGCCAAGGAGAUCAAAUCCACGCUGAAGAGUAACGUUGUAAGUCUGGACAGUCACAUUGGCCAGUAUGCAGUCAUAUGUGAGAAGCAACGGCAAGAGAUUGUACAGUUGAAACAAAAACUAACAGAAUAUGAGGGUAAAAAUGUGCCGUUUGCCUCCAACACGAUGUCUUCCCAGAAACAAGCAGACUUUAAAAGGGUGUCAGAAUCCCUGCGGCAUGUUUUUUCGAACCGUGCCCAAAUCAGGAGAGAACAGCUGGAUCUGGAGAGACAACUGAAGGAGAAUGAGCUGCGCCAGCGGUACAUUGAGGAAGACAACCUGCAGGUCCAAUAUAUCUCCGCAAAGGAAAAGACUGACAAGGCUACUUGUAAACAUGAGCGGAAGAUUGCAAUGCUACGCACUCAGCAACAGCACAUUUGGAAACGUCAGAAGGAAAAAGAAAUACGCUUUCAGGAAAAUGAUGGCUGGCUUCAUCGUGUCGAGAACGAGAUAAAAUUGUUGAAGUCAAAUGAUCAGGCUUCUGAGGUAUUGGAAAAGGACUUGCAUAAUCACAGACUCGAGCUUCAGGUAAAUGACCUCAAUCAACACAUCAAGCAAAUGAUCAGAGUCACUGCUCUUCAGGACCAAGAAAACAAGCGCAUGCAAAAAAUGGUGAACGUGUUGUUACCAGCUUAUGGUCGACUCUACACUGCAACAUGUGAUGCUGGGCUGGUUACAGCCCAUGAUAAGGAGAAGAACCAUGAGCUGGAGCAGCUUGUGCUAAGGGAACGAGGUGUUGUCUGGGCAGACCAGGAAGGAGCGGGCCAGGACGUAAAAAGUUCAUCUACUGGACAAACGACACAGGAGACCAAAGGCCAAGGGAACCUUGAGUUUUGCGGCGAAUUGGCGCCUGUGCUGUCAUUCUCACAACUGCUCUACCACCAGAGUAGCCCUUGUAGUUCACGGAUGGGAACUAAAAGGUUAUCCUCGAUCAAAACUGCCCCAUCUACAAACGGAAUUAAAAGUAAUCUAGGUAUGAAGCAAGAAGAAGCAAGAUCUCCCCAAAAACUCUCUGUGUUGUUCCCACCACAAAGCCCCAGCACCCUCUCACAAAAUUCCCAAGGCUGUGAAGAGGGCAUCUUUCCUCUCCAGUACACACCAGAACCUGCCCAAAGAGUUGUUCAGGUCGUUCCAUUGAGUUUGUCCACCGACUUGGAUCCAAAUAUGACAUUUGAACUUCCACACCAAGAAGAUCUAUCCAAUUCAACAAUUAUAAUAAGCAAUGAUGUCACCUCAAAGGCAUUCAAGUCUGUGAAUGUUUCAGCCCACAGUGAUGUAAUCAAUCCUGCCAAAGCCUAUGAGGCAAACCAGACUCUUCCCCAAGGAUAUCACAACCCUGCUUCUUUACAAGUAAGACGGGCCAAUCCAACCUACAUGCACAUGACGUCUGCUGCGCAAGGGAAACGUAAACGGGAGAGAGAUGAGAAUCUGUCAGGACCAAAGCGUGUUAAGAAGGGUCCCUGCAUGGCCUCCAGACCAGUCAGGGUACAUCAUCUCUCUGGUCCAGAAGAGAAAAAACCUCGAAGAGUUGUGAGGAGCAUUUCUGAAGGAAACCUGAGCCUCAUUCAACCUUCCAAACCCAAGUCACUUUUUUAUAAAACAUCCCAACAGUUAAAGCGAGUGACGAAGCGGAUGUAAAACCUUUUUGCCUGUACUUCUUGAUCAGUAAGACAUUUUAAUGUAUUGUUUUGAAGGCUCUGUGAAUCGUCUGCUUGCAGACUUUUACUUGGUUUUAAAUAAAUGUUGUGCACUGA